CAGGAACAUAAUGUAUUUUUCAGGAUGGAUGUACAGUUGAUCACAGGCUCACUUCGCCCGCAGAUCGCUUUCCGUGAGACCUCGCGUGUCGCCAUCUGCAAGGCCUGACUUGACUUUAACCGGAAACUCGGACUGUGUGUGUGUGUCUGUGCCUCUGCGUGUGUGUGUGUGUAUAUGAGUGUGAAUACCGGCUGUGACUUUAACGUUGUUGUCGUUAAAACAGCUGGAUGCUACGCGGCUAGCAGGCUUAGCAGCUUAGUGUCUGCAGAGCGGAGAAGGUGUCAUAUUCAGUCCGCGCUGCAGCUGCUGAAAGGAUGGAUCAGUGCAUGGAAGGUUACGAUGAUUAAGCAAAAAUCUACCAGCUGUACUUUUAAUAGACAAACAGCAGUGCUGCUGCGUUCAGACAUUAACUUGUUGUAUGCGCAGUGAUCAGUGAGGAUGAGGAGCCGCAGUAACUCAGGAGUGAGGCUGGAUGGAUACGCCAGGCUGGUCCAAGAGACUAUCCUGUGUCAUCAGAACCCGGUCACAGGUCUACUUCCUGCCAGCGCCCAGAAGAAGGAUGCCUGGGUGAGAGAUAAUGUGUACAGUGUGCUGGCCGUGUGGGGGCUGGGUAUGGCCUACCGCAAGAACGCAGACCGAGAUGAAGACAAAGCUAAGGCCUACGAACUGGAGCAGAGUGUGGUGAAACUGAUGCAGGGACUUCUGCAGUGCAUGAUGAGACAGGUGGACAAGGUGGAGAAGUUCAAACACACCCAGAGUACAAAGGAUUGCUUGCAUGCCAAAUACGAUACUCCCACCUGCGCCACGGUGGUCGGGGACGAUCAGUGGGGCCACCUACAAGUGGACGCCACCUCCAUUUACCUGCUGAUGCUGGCACAGAUGACGGCCUCAGGACUUCGUAUCAUCUCAAACCUGGAUGAGGUAGCUUUUAUCCAAAACUUGGUCUUCUACAUAGAGGCUGCCUACAAAGUGGCGGAUUAUGGGAUGUGGGAGCGAGGUGACAAAACCAACCAGGGCAUCCCUGAGCUCAAUGCCAGCUCUGUAGGAAUUGCUAAGGCAGCUCUAGAGGCCCUAGACGAGCUGGAUCUUUUUGGCGCCCAUGGAGGCCCGAAGUCAGUCAUCCAUGUUCUUCCUGAUGAAGUGGAACACUGUCAGUCCAUCCUGUGCUCCAUGCUGCCAAGAGCUUCAACUUCAAAGGAGAUAGAUGCUGGUCUUCUGUCUGUUAUUUCCUUCCCUUCCUUUGCUGUUGAAGAUGCUGACCUGGUGGCCAUCACCAAGUCGGAGAUUAUAAACAAACUGCAGGGACGCUACGGUUGCUGCCGCUUCAUCAGGGAUGGAUAUCGUUGUCCUAAAGAGGACCCGUCUCGGCUGCACUACGAUCCUGCAGAGCUCAAGCUGUUUGAGAAUAUUGAAUGUGAGUGGCCUGUGUUCUGGACUUACCUCAUCCUUGACGGUAUCUUUAAUGGAGACCAUGUGCAGGUGCAGGAGUACCGUGAGGCGCUGGAGGGCAUUUUGAUAAGAGGGAAGAACGGCAUCAAACUGGUGCCUGAACUUUAUGCUGUGCCGAGUGAAAAGGUGGAGGAGGAGUACAGUAACCCCCACUCGGUGGACAGAGUGGCCUUGGGGCAGCUUCCGCACAUGUGGGGACAGUCACUCUACAUCUUGAGUUGUCUUCUGGCUGAGGGCUUUUUGGCACCAGGAGAAAUAGAUCCUCUCAACAGGAGAUUCUCUACAAACUUUAAACCAGAUGUUGUGGUACAAGUUUGUGUUCUAGCGGAGACAGAGGAGAUCCAGGAGUUGUUGAGUGAUCAUGGGAUUAAGGUCCAACUGAUAUCAGAAGUUCUGCCUAUCAGGGUCAUACCUGCUCGCAUCCUGAGCCAUGUAUAUGUCAGACUGGGGAACUGCAAGAAAUUAAACUUGAGCGGGAGGCCCUACAGACACAUUGGAGUUCUGGGAACAUCUAAAUUCUAUGAGAUCAGAAACCGGACUUAUAUAUUCACUCCUCAGUUUCUGGAUCAGCACCAUUUCUACUUGGCACUGGACAACCAGAUGAUUGUGGAGAUGUUACGCACAGAGCUGGCAUAUCUCUCCUCUUGCUGGAGGAUGACAGGACGGCCCACGCUCACAUUCCCCAUCACCCACAGCAUGCUGGUUGAAGAUGGAGAUACGAUUGAUCCGUGUAUCCUAGCAACCCUCAGGAAACUACAGGAUGGCUAUUUUGCUGGAGCGAGGGUGCAGAUGUCAGACCUCUCCAGCUUCCAGACCACUUCCUCUCACACUAGCCUCAGCUUCCUGGAUGAAGACAACAAAGACGGCUUACUUGAGGAUGACGAUGAUGAUGAAGAUUAUGGAGAAGAGUACAACACUUCUGGGCCCUCAGUGAGCUCAAAGGACUCGUUUGACCAGUACCUCACCCAGCUCCUCCGCAGCACCACCACCACUAAGUGCCAUCUUCCUCCCAUCCAGAGGGGGCAGCACCAUGUCUUCAGUGCUGAACACAGCACCAGAGAUAUCCUGUCUCUUAUGGCCCAGGUUCAGGGCCUCAACAUGCCCAAGUCUUCUAUGUAUCUACCUGUGGCCCCGGUCAUGACCAAACACCGCAAAUCUCUCAACCUACUUGAAGUUCCUCACCCUCAGCAGGGCUCACAUGCAAAGCAGCAGAAGCCCCACAGCGCUACUGAUCUGCACCUGCCUCGAGACUCCCAUGGCAACACAGACUUUGCAGCGCUGGUGAAGCAGCUGAAAGAAUGUCCAACUCUGCAGGACCAGGCUGACAUCCUCCACGUCCUUUACGUAAUGAAGGGAGCUGAUUGGCUGGUGGAGUUGUCAGGUCCUGGGCAGGGUGGGGUCAGUGUGCAUUCCCUGUUGGAGGAGUUGUAUAUACAAGCUGGAGCCUGCAAGGAGUGGGGUCUCAUCAGAUACAUCUCUGGAAUACUACGCAAGAGAGUGGAGGUCCUGGCCGAGGCCUGCACAGAUCUUAUUUCCCAUCACAAGCAGCUGACAGUGGGUCUUCCUCCUGAACCCAGAGAAAGAGUCAUCACAGUUCCACUUCCUCCGGAGGAGCUGAACACUCUCAUCUAUGAAGCCAGUGGUCACGACAUCAGUAUAGCUGUACUCACUCAGGAAAUCAUGGUCUAUCUAGCCAUGUACAUGCGCUCUCAGCCUGCUCUGUUCGGAGAAAUGCUCCGACUCAGAAUAGGACUCAUCAUGCAAGUGAUGGCCACUGAGCUCGCUCGCAGCCUGCACUGCUCCGGGGAGGAGGCAUCUGAGAGCUUGAUGAGCCUGAGUCCGUUCGACAUGAAGAACCUGCUGCAUCACAUCCUCAGUGGCAAGGAGUUUGGGGUGGAGAGGAGCAUGCGUCCUAUCCAGUCAACAGCCACUAGUCCUGCAAUCUCCAUCCAUGAACUGGGCCACACCGGAGCCACCAAGACUGAACGCACAGGAAUACACAAGCUCAAGAGUGAGAUCAAACAGAUCUUCAGCGGCGGCCAUUCCAUGAGUAGUAAUGUCACUUCGCCUCGCUCCACGCGUUGCAGCAGCCCCUCCACCCCUAGUGGGAUCUUGUCCCCAGUGGGCCCUGGUCCUGGUGAUGGACAGCUGCACUGGGAGGAGAAGCAAGGCCAGUGGCUGAGGAGACGCCGGCUGGAUGGAGCUAUCAACAGAGUACCAAUGGGUUUCUACCAGAAGGUCUGGAAGAUCCUGCAGAAGUGCCAUGGCCUGUCCAUUGAUGGAUAUGUGUUGCCCUCCUCUACCACAAGAGAGAUGACAGAGGGAGAGAUCAAGUUUGCGGUGCAGGUGGAGUCAGUCCUGAACCACGUCCCUCAACCAGAAUACCGGCAGCUGCUGGUGGAGACUGUGAUGGUUCUGGGCCUGGUAGCCGACGUGGACGUCGACAGCAUUGGUGGCAUCAUCCACGUAGACCGCAUCCUACAUUUGGCCAACGACCUCUUCCUCAACGACCAGAAAUCCCACAGUGUCAGUGAUUAUUUCCUUGAGAAGGAACCAGCGACUGGCAUCUGCAACUUUUUCUAUGAUAGCGCCCCCAGUGGCAGCUAUGGCACCAUGACCUACUUGUCUAAAGCUACGAUCACUUAUGUCCAGGACUUCCUGCCAAGUACCAGCUGCCUGAUGCAGUGAAAACUAGAGUUGUUCACUUCUCUUAAACACCUGAAGAGGCAUGUUUUACAAGUGAAAGCUCAACUGUCCAAAAGCAGCAAAGCCUCUUAUUAUCAUCUCAUACAAUUCAUGCGGUGCUCUUAAUUAUCAGAUUAUCAAUGAACUCUGUAGCUCUCAUAAUCUGAUAUAACAUCAUAGCCUCGGCAGCUGAUUGCAAACCACUUCAGUAUAUAAGAAUUUAGUUUUUGUUUGUGAGCAAGGACUGUGAACUUAUUUAUUACUUAAACAUGCUGCUCAAAAGUAUGUUUACAGGAUUUACUAACAUCCAUUUCAUGUGAACUGAUAUUUACUAAGAUAUAAGCACAUCUGUGUGCUCUUGGUGUUGUGUGUAAUAAUAUUAUAUCAACAGUUAUCUCUCUUAAUAAUUGGAUAUGUCAUAUAUGUUAUAAUUCUACUUAGCCUGGCAGUUAUCAGAGUAAAUAUGUAGAUAAUUUGUGUGCACAAAUUAGUAAUUUGACCUCGAAAACUAAUAAUUUUGUCUCACAAAUGAUGAAUUACCUCCCUAAAAUCAGUAAUUUGUAAUUUUUUUUUCUUUUUUGUUGUUCUUUUAAAUUGUAUUAAUUAAAACAUUUAUUGUUCUACAUUAUCUUACUUAAAUAUGUUGGAAAAAUUAUGAUAUAUAAUAAUAUAAUAUAAUUUAAACCACUAAACAAUGUUUACCCUCUUAUUACUUGAUUUUUCUUCACAAAUGACUAAUUUGUGUACAUAAAUUCACAAGAUAUCUUUCUGAAGAUAUCUGAUAUCUUCCAGGCUCUGUAUAGUUGAGUGUCGGUGAUACUGAGAUAUACUUGUUGUCUUGUGUUAACAUUAAUCUGUGUACGGGAACAAGAAUCAUAGUUUCCUUUGAAUGCCAAGAAGCUGGUGAUACUGUUUUUGUCUUUGUGUAAGUGUUGUGUGUUUAGUACAAGAAAUGAAAAUUCAUCCAUCUGCCUGCAUAUGAAUGUCAAAAUCUGAAGGUUAUACUACUGAGAGACGAGUCAAUAGUUUGCAUGUACCUCAACAUGACGAAGGUCUGACCAUCUGUGUACAGUGAAGAUACGUUUAUUUACAGUACAUCAGGGUAGAGGUGAGCUUUAAUAUACCAGUAUAUACUAGCGCUUAUACAGUGUAUAUAUAACUUAUAUGCAUGAUUUAUAUGCAGAGAAUUAAAUGGCAGCAGAUACUGGUGAAGCACCUUGAAGGUCCAGUGAAAGUUGAAGAGGGUCUCUGUACGUCUGUCAGGAGUAUUUUUACCACACUGUGGUAGUUCUGUGCAGAGAACACAGAGAGGAAAUAGUUUAAAACUAUUUUCAUUCAAGUGCUUUAAUUGUUUUUGAAUGCAAAACAGAAGGAGACAUAAUAAACUGUGAUAUAUUUUAAUGCUAACCCAAACUUGGAUAUUUUUAUGUACUUAAAAAUAAGUAAUGUGCUUAAUUAAAAGAAAUAAUUAUUUUACUAAUACAUUGUGCACUUUACUCAUUAAACAUUUAAAGAUGUGCUCUGUUA